AUGGGUUUCUCAGUUCCCUGGACAGCAGCCAUUCAGAUGCUGGUGCUAGCGCUGGCCCUCCAUUUCACUGCAGGUAACAGCCAUGAACCACUGAUUGUCCUGGACAACUAUGAGGACAAUGGGAUCAGAGUCACCUGUUUUUCUGAGAGGAGUGUUUCUGAUGUGCAAGUGUUGUGGACAGACAGUAAAGGACACAAUCUCACUGGAAGUCCAAUCACCCCAACCUCCAACACAGAUGAGGCUAGUGCCAAAAGUUCGAUCCUUCUGAAAUCAGGAUCUGACAAUGCCAUCUCCUGUAACAUAAUCGAUAACGUGCUAAAGACCUCAACCGAAUCUACAGUUGUAAUUGCAGAUGUUUUCUUCCCUUCCACCUCCCCAUGGAUGACUGCCUUCAUUGUGAUAUUGCUGAUUAGUAUAGCCCUGGUUAGCGCUGCAAUUUAUAAGCUGAAAAAAAACAAUGAAACAACUGCGCAGGCUGUAAAUGACAAGAAAGCCAUCGAAGACGAAACUAAGCUUCUCAGAAAUGAACUGGAGACUGAGCACGAAAAAUCUCAACAAGCAAUUCAGGAAAUACAGGAGAAAUUUGAAAAAGCCAUGGCUGAGCUGGACUUCAGGAGGGCUCGUAGCAAUGUAGUUAACAUCACUCUGGAUUCUAACUGUAAACAUCCCAAACUCUCACUCAAGGAUAAAAAUAGGGUCGUUUCCAUGGCAGAGAAGAAAGCCAGCAGAGAUUUGAUAGUGGUGGCAAAUGAAGGAUUUUCAGAGAAGAAACAAUACUGGGAGGUGGAGGUGGGGGACAAGCCAGAAUGGGAGCUAGGGGUGCUGACUCAGAAUGAAAGGAGGAAACUGAAAAAUGAGAAGAUGGAGGAACCUCCUGAGAAGGAAUACUGGAGUUUGUGGCUGUCUCAGGGUCAAUAUCAUUGUAGUUGGAAAAGUGAAACAAUCACCUCUGAGGAUAAAAAAUGCCCAGUGGUUGGCAUUUUUCUCGACUGGGAAGAGGGAAUGAUCUCAUUCUACAAUGUAGAGCUAAUGUGCCCUGUUGUGUCCAUCACUCAAGAGUUUCAAGGAAAUCUGUACCCAUUCUUCAAUCCUGGCAGUGAUAAGCAAUACCUACGAAUACGCCCUGUCAGUGUCCCCAGCCCCUUAACUUCUCUCUGA